AUGGCUGUUUUGAGCUUAGUGUUUCUGAUAUAUUGUUGUAUUUUCCUUGGUCGUGCGGUGGAACCCACGUGUCCAGUAUGUUCCAAGUACGAUUACGACGAGCGUCUCUUAGAACGUGUUAUCAAGAAUGAACUAACGUUUCAACUUCUUUCCGAGGGUAUACAGAAAACAAAUGAAAUUGUUCAGUCAAAAUUAGCGGACCUAAAAAGUAAAACGGAAGAGGCAAAGUCCGUGGUUGAGAGAACGAAUGUGCUUGUGGACAACACAGAGCGUACCCUUGCUGAGCUGACCGGUGACACCCGGGCAAACGUCAGUGAAACAAUUAUGGAAACAAGAAGACAACUGCAGAGUUUGCAAACACAGGCUAGAGAAUUUAUGGACAUUGCACGAGGUAAGAUCGCCACACCGACUGUUGUGUUCCAAAGCCAGCUUACGGGCGAUACAAAACUGACAAAAGAUGAUUUGAUAGUAUACAGUCACGUGAUCGCAAACGAAGGUGAAGGAUAUGACGUUACAACGGGACAUUUCGUUGCACCGUUCGGUGGAUUGUACGCACUCACAGGUCAAGUGUGCGCUAGGACGUCGAUCGCGCUCCACAUUGCCAUGACGAGAAAUGCUGACGUCAUACAUGCCGGGGUCUAUCAUGGCGACGGAAGUGUACCGUGCCAUGGUAUCAAUGUGUACGCACAGCUUGAUAAAGACGAUCAGGUUUCGAUGAAGUGUUCAUGGGGCGAAUGUAAUCUAAGGCACCAAGAUGGCUACCGGCUUACUUCAUUUGGAGGAGCCUUGAUUCAUACUUAAAUUUGUUUUCCCCAGUCUUGUUUUGACAUGUUAUCCGUCAAGGCAGUGCAUAUUAGUAGUUUGAGAAAAGAACAAGUACUAGUGAUUAGACUCGAGUUAACAGUAUUUGUAUUUUGACGGAAAUAAAUCAAUAGCUAUGAUAACAACUCGACGGUAAUCAUCCUGAUGUUCAAUAUUGUCCUGGAUAUUAUCACACAUGCAUGUUAUCGAAAUAUAUUUGGGCGAUUGAACGCAAUUGAAACUAGAUUCCAAAAAAGUUUUAUACGUUUAAUGAAAAAUCUUAUUUCACAAACAACAUACUUUCAGAUUGAUUAUUGAAUUUAUUUCGUAACCGAAAUUAGGCCACCUUAAGAACAAUGCCUUUCGACGAAUAGCUCGCAGUUAUGGCAUCAUUGCAAUCUUGUUUUAGUGCUCGAUCUUGCGACUUAAUCGUAUUGUGCAUAAUUCAUUCGUACUUAUAGGGUAGAUUGCAAGUGUGUUUGAAAUUCCGUUUUGUUUUUGCAAUUCAUGAAGAACGCUGAAUAGCGAAGCAUAUUAAAACAAAACCUUUC